GUUUUUUUGUUACUACUACACAAGUGAGAAAUAAUUUCCCAUAACAUUUGUUUUUUAGCAGAAAAUAAUUUCUCAUAACAUGCAAGUUCAAGAACUAGAUUUUUCCUAGUUUACAUUGAGCCUUCAGCCAAAUCCAAUAAUACAAUAGCUACAAGAUAUUUAGAGUUGAAUAAAUCCCUUUGAAGAGGUGAAGUGAGACAAAAGGAGAGAUUUUGGCUCAACCCUUUUGAGGUGGUUAACAAAUUUAUGGACCCCAUCAUGUUUAAACCCAUCCACCCAUACCCUCUCAACCCAUCCUAUUUCGAUUUCAUCUCCCAAUUUCUUGCUGAUUUGGCUCAAUUUCUUGAGCUUAAUACUCUCCAAUGCCAGGAACUAUACAUGUUACAGUUGUUGAAUUCAAGGGCGUCUCAUCUUCACCAAAGCCUUCUGCAAAAUCCCUCAAAGUUUCGAUGGGGAAGAGGCAGUAUCAGACUUGGGACAAAGGGGACUUCUCAUUCCCCAUAACGAGAAUCGGUGAAGACAUAGUUGUUGCUCUUCUUGAUGCUGGGGGGAAUGAGAUUGCUCAUCAAGAUAUUGGGACAAUGCAAGUCAUUGAGAAGGGAUCUUGGGAUGAGGUUUUCUUCAUCAAUGGAGGUGGCCAUGUCCACUUGAAGCUGCACUUCACUCUCAGUGAGGAGGAUCGUAGCCGCAUUCGUGUUAUGAGAGAAUCUGCGAUGAAAAAGAAACUCGAAACAAAUCCAAACAUCAAACUUCGAUUUUUGGAAUAUUUUACCUCGACGGCUGAAUCUGCAGAGACAUCCAUGAAAGAUGGGCAGAAAGUCUCAGCUUCCACAAAAGGGUUUGUUGAAAUAGAUCUAACUAGCCCAGAAGUUGAAGCCUCUCGAGCUGGUUCGUCUCCGGCCUCUGCUGCUUCCUCUGCUGCCUCACUGUCUAGUCACCGGAUGGGUGGAGGGGCCGUCGUUGAUAGUGGAAUCCCAAAUGCUACAGAUGGAAUUCAAGAUGCUCCUCCAUCUUCUCAUGUUGAACAUAAAAUCGACGUAGAAUCUGCUCGAGUAGCGGAUGUGGGAAUUCAAACUCCACGACUUGCUGGUGUAGGAUCGGACAAUGGGGAUGGGCCCUCGUCGGAGAUGAGCAGUCUCGUUGCCUCCACGUUGCAGGAUGAUCAUCUUGUUCGGAAGCCUCAGAAACAAGGCCCUGUGGGGAAAACUCCCAGCAAUGUGAGAAAAAUGAUUAGUGCCUUUGAAACUAGCCAAAUUCAGGAAUUUUUACCAUUGGACUUCAAGCAGGGAGUGAAAUCCAUGAAGAGAGCAGCAUCUGUGCCGUCUCACUUAAACAGAUCUAGUAAGGAAGGGUUCUUAGAAGACCGGCCAACAAAGAGUGUCUCCUCCACUGCUGAUAAAACUUCGACUGAUUUUAAGGAUCACCACCUGAAAAACUUGCACACACUGCCAACUGCGGUCAGUGAAAGAGCUAGUAAAGUUUCGAGCGAAUGUGAACCACCUCAGGUGAAAAAGGAGUUGCCUUCAACUGUAACACCUACCUUGUCAGAGUCGAGUGAUAAUCCAUAUGCAGAGUACAUGUCGAGAGCAUCUUCAAGCAUAGAAGUAGAGGAAGGUGAAAAAUCAUCACUUGAUAUAAGGAGGAAAAUAGCUUCAGAAACAGCAACUAGUUCUGGAAGAAUGAGUGAGGAACGAUCUCAACCUGAGAUUUCUUCAAGAUUGCUGAAAUCUUCCGAAUCUUCAGCUGCAGAAGCAAGUGGGAGAGGAAGAGGAACCAGCUUGAAGAGCUCAACCGUGAUUAACGCUCAAGUGGUUUCAAACCUGAAACAAAGAACACUAGAAUACUAUAAAGAAGAAUACGAUUCGGCUCAAGCCUCUGGUAUGUGGAUAUUUCCAGAUAACACGAGUCGUUUGUGUAUCACAACUGCAGGUGAGCAGGACAUGAAAAUAGUAGGGCAUUACAACAACGAAACCAAAACCCAUCAAGCAAACAUCAUUUCUUCAGAGAAUCAAAAGAAUUCAAGGCAUGAAAAAGAACGUAAGAUGGGAAAGAAACUGAAAAGACUUGAUCACCAGCCAGAAUCAGGAUCUGCUGGCUCUCCAAAUGACUCAUCUAAUGGACUAAUUGGGCAGGUAAUAAAAGUUGCAGUGAUUGUAGGCUUCGGAGUACUAGUUCUUCUCACCAGACAAAAGGAACCAUGCAGGAACAAACAAAAAGAAGAUAAAGAUAAAGAUAAAGACAAUCUCUUCUACAUACCAGAUUAUGUUGAUGAAAGAGCACUGAAGCCGUGGACUGGGAAACCAUAGAAGAUCGACAAACUGGAGUUCUUCCCUCUUAGCUGAUGGUUAAGAUACGCCCCAUUUGCCUUGGUGAGGCGUUCUUCAUCUGCAUAGGCUCCAAAGACAACAUAUAUAUGCAACUAAAUCUGUGAGAAUCCCCUAUCCUUUUUUCUUGUAACGUUGAUCUAGUUUGGAAGCAUACAUGCCUUGAGCAUAUGAGCAUUUUCACUAGAAUAGUCCAAUGUUGUUUAAAGGGACAAUUGUUACACACAUGUCUUCAUUUCAACUUGUGGACACUGAAAAUUUUAUUGAUGGUAUAUAUAUAAGCUGGGGUCUAAUUUACAUUGCCA